GAAGAGGAAGGAAGGGAAGGGGGAAAAUAGAGGUGCGGGGGUGUCUGGGGGCGGGAGCAGGAGGCGGUGGGAGGAAGCGAGCAGCUGUGGUAUUUGGAGCAAGUAUAAAUAGCCGCCUGGACGAGCUCGGCCAAACAGUGGUUUGCAGCUGCAGCCCUGCGGGCAGGCGGUCCACUGUCGGCCACACGGGUUCGUCCUGGGCACGGAGUUGGGCAGUGGGCAGGCAAAGCCCCUGGGGGCUCUGACCGGACACCCCUCGCCAUCGCCACAUCUCCUGAUGCUCUCCCGGCCAGCCAUGUUGCUGGGCGGCCUCCUCCUCACGGUGGCCACCAUGACUGCAGCCCAGCGGAGGGGGCAGGAGGCGGGCGGGCGCCGCCGGGCGCACCGAGUCCAGCACGGCCAGUGCAGCUACACCUUCGUGCUGCCCGAGCCUGAGCCCUGCCCGCCGGAGCCUGAGGCCUUCGGGGGCUCCAACAGCCUCCAGAGGGACUCGCCGGCCGCUGCACUGAGCCUGGGGGACUGGCCGGCCCAGCGGGUGCGACAGCUGGAGAAGGUGCUGGAGAACAACACACAGUGGCUGCAGAAGCUAGAAAGGUACAUCCAGAUGAACUUGAGGUCGGAGCUGGCGCAGGCCCAGCAGCACAUGGUCCAGAACCAGACGGCCACCAUGCUGGAGCUGGGCACCAGCCUCCUGAACCAGACCACCGCCCAGACCCGCAAGCUGACCGACGUGGAGGCUCAGGUCCUGAACCAGACAUCGCGCAUGGAGAUCCAGCUGCUGGAGACCUCGCUGUCCACUAACAAGCUGGAGAAGCAGCUGCUGCUGCAGGGCCGUGAGCUCCACCGGCUGCAGGGCCAAAACAGCGCGCUGGAGACGCGGGUGCAGGCCCUGGAGACGCAGCAGCAGGCGGAGCUGGCCAGCCUCCGCGGCGAGAAGGAGCGGCUGCGGCGCCUGCUGGGCCGCCAGAACGGCGCCCUCGCCGGCCUCGAGCGCAGCCUGCGCGCCGCCAGCAGCAACUCGAGUCUCCUGCAGCGCCAGCAGCACCAGCUGCUGGAGUCGGUGCAGCGCCUGGUGCGCGUCGUGGGCCAGGGCCCGGCCUCCAUGAGGGCAGCCGAGCAGGUGUUCCAGGACUGUGCAGAGAUCCAGCGCUUCGGGGCCAAUGCCAGUGGCAUCUACACCAUCCAUGUGGCCAAUGUGACGGGGCCCAGGAAGGUGUUCUGUGACAUGGAGGCCAAUGGAGGUGGGUGGACCCUCAUCCAGCGCCGUGAGAAUGGCAGCGUGAAUUUCCAGCGGAACUGGAAGGAUUACAAACAGGGCUUUGGUGACCCAGCCGGGGAGCACUGGCUGGGGAAUGAAGUGGUGCACCAGCUCACCAGCAGGGCAGCCUACUCUCUGCGCGUGGAGCUACAAGACUGGGAAGGCAAUGAAGCCUACGCCCAGUAUGAGCAUUUCCAGCUGGGCAGCGAGGGGCAGCUGUACAGGCUUUCUCUGAGCGGAUACAGCGGCUCAGCAGGGCGCCAGAGCAGCCUGGUCCUGCAAGGCACCAACUUCAGCACUCGUGACGCAGACAACGACAACUGUCUCUGCAAGUGCGCCCAGAUGCUGUCCGGAGGGUGGUGGUUUGACGCCUGCGGCCUCUCCAACCUCAAUGGCAUCUACUACCCGGCCCACCACCACGUGCGCAAGCUCAACGGCGUCCGCUGGCACUACUUCCAGGGCCCCAGCUACUCACUGCGCACCACUCGCAUGAUGGUGCGUCCCGCGGGCAUCUGACGGGCAGCCGCGCCUGGAGGCUUGACCACAGGCGGAGCUGGGGCUCGGAACCGCCCUGACGAGCUGGACAAACACAGGACACGGGGCCAGGGCUUGUCCGGGACCCCCUGGGUCUCCUGAGCCAGCCCUCCUCGCCCCAGGAGUCCAGAGGAGUCAGCCGCCUCCCUGUGCCCCUCAUUGUGAAAUGGCAGGCGCUGGGGGAUCCUGCCUCUGCGGUGUGCCUCUCUCCUCUUCCCUCCCGUCUCCUGCCUGCUGAGGCUCACAGUACCCUGCAUGAGCUGAGAACAGACUUAACUUGGCUCCUCAAAGGAACACAUGACUAAUGGUGGAAUUUCAGGAGGUGGGAAGGUAUUUACAGGCAGGAGACUGCAGAGCUGGAGGCCCAGAGUCUGUCCCUGGGGUUAGUAGGAAGGUCAUCUAUUCCAAGCUUUCUCAGCCUUGUGACGCCCUUGAACUUCUGUUCACGGCUGAAAGGGCAGCGUCCACCCCA